GCUGCCCCCCAAAGCUGGGAACAGACCCUGCUGCCCGGCCGGGGGCUGCCUGUGCGCGGAGGCCGGUGCCCGCCGCCCCUGCGCUGUAGCUGCGCGGCGCUGCGCCCCCGUGCGCUCGCUCCAUUUCCUCCGGCAGCCGGGCCGGGGGGGGAGCCUGCGCCGAGCCCUCCCCGCGCAGGGGCCGGGCUUGCGCCGCUUCCUGCAGGAGCUGAGCCGUGCGAGCCGCUGGGAGCGGCGGGAGCCCCGCAGAGACCCCGGCCCGGCCCCGCGCUGGCCCAGAAGGCCGCGCCCGCCUCGCCGCUGAGGAUGUCCCGGAAGGGGCCGCGGACGGAGGUGUGCGCGGACUGCGGCGCCCCAGACCCCGGCUGGGCCUCCAUUAACCGCGGCGUGCUGAUCUGCGACGAAUGCUGCAGCGUCCACCGCAGCCUGGGCCGGCACAUCUCCAUCGUCAAGCACCUGCGCCACAGCCCCUGGCCCUCCCCGCUGCUGCAGAUGGUGCACACUCUGGCCAGCAAUGGUGCCAACUCCAUCUGGGAGCACUCGCUGCUGGACCCGGCGCAGGUGCAGAGCGGGCGGCGCAAGGCCAAUCCUCAGGACAAAGUGCACCCCACCAAGUCCGAGUUCAUCCGCGCCAAGUACCAGAUGCUGGCCUUCGUGCACAAGCUGCCCUGCCGUGACGACGAUGGCGUCACCGCCAAGGACCUCAGCAAGCAACUGCACUCCAGCGUGCGGACGGGGAACCUGGAGACCUGCCUGCGCCUGCUCUCGCUGGGCGCCCAGCCCAGCUUCUUCCACCCGGAGAAGGGCACCACCCCACUCCAUGUUGCUGCCAAGGCUGGACAGAUCCUGCAGGCUGAGCUGCUGGUGGUGUACGGUGCCGACCCUGGGGCGCCCGAUGUGAACGGCAGGACCCCCAUCGACUACGCCCGGCAGGCGACCCAACACGAGCUCGCGGACCGGCUGGUGGAGUGUCAGUACGAGCUGACGGACCGGCUGGCCUUCUACCUGUGCGGCCGCAAGCCGGACCACAAGAACGGGCACUACAUCAUCCCACAGAUGGCAGACAGCCUGGACCUGUCUGAGCUGGCGAAAGUGGCGAAGAAGAAGUUGCAGGCGCUCAGCAACCGCCUCUUCGAGGAGCUGGCCAUGGACGUGUACGACGAGGUGGACCGCAGGGAGAACGACGCCGUCUGGCUCACGACGCAGAAUCACAGCACACUGGUGACGGAGCGCAGCGCUGUGCCCUUCCUGCCCGUCAACCCCGAGUACUCGGCCACGCGAAACCAGGGGCGGCAGAAGCUCGCCCGGUUCAACGCCAGGGAGUUCGCCACCCUCAUCAUCGACAUCCUCAGCGAGGCCAAGCGACGGCAGCAGGGCAAGAGCCUGGGGAGCCCCACAGACACCAUCGACUACCCGGUGCGGAGCCAGAGCGACCCGGACGACCAGCACGACUACGACAGCGUCGCCUCCGACGAGGACACGGACCAGGAGCCUCUGCGGAGCGCCGCCCGCAACAACCGCGCCCGGAGCAUGGACUCCUCGGAGCUGUCGGACGGGCCCAUCACGCUGCAGGAGUACCUGGAGGUGAAGAAGGCGCUGGCCGAGGUGGAGGAUGAAGCGGUGUACUCCACGCACAUCCCGGCCAGCGGGUACCGGAUCCGGAAGGGGGUGUCUGCCUCCUUGGUGCCUUUCCCCCCCUCCUCCCCGCUGCUCUCCGGCGUGCAGGAUGGCGCCCGCCACAUGACCAGCAAGCUGGACCGGCACGGCAGCGGGACUGACAGCGACUAUGACAACACACAGGCUGGCGAGGCACUGCUCAGCAUGGACGGGAAGCGGUUCCUGGACCUGGGGAAGGACGACGACUUCCACGCGGAGCUGGAGGCCCUGGACGGGGAGCUGGACCCCGGGCUGCCCAGCACCGAGGACGUGAUCCUGAAGACCGAGCAGGUCACCAAGAACAUCCAGGAGCUGCUGCGGGCUGCCCAGGAGUUCAAGCAUGACAGCUUCGUGCCCUGCUCCGAGAAGAUCCACUCCGCCGUCACCGAGAUGGCCUCGCUCUUCCCCAAGAAGCCAGCCCUGGAGACGGUGCGCAGCUCCCUGCGGCUGCUCAACGCCAGCGCCUACCGGCUGCAGAGCGAGUGCCGCAAGACCAUGCCGCCGGAGCCUGGCGCGCCCGUGGACUACCAGCUCCUGACGCAGCAGGUCAUCCAGUGUGCCUACGACAUCGCCAAGGCCGCCAAGCAGCUAGUCACCAUCACCACCCGUGAGAAGAAGCAGUGAGGCCUGGUCCCUGCCUGGCGGCUCCCCCCCGGGCAGGACGUGGGGCUGGGGAAUAGCCAACGCAAGUGUCCUUAGUCUGCCCCUGGGACCUGAGCACGUGCCAUUCCUGGCCCCCCGUGCUGCCAGCGUGGGGCUCCGGCCGUGCCCCCUCCCCCCACACUGCCAGUGUCCUGGCGUGGCACUGGCCCAGCCCCCUCCCCCACGCAGCAGCCCUAUGGACACUCCCCGCUGGAGCAGGUGCCAAUGCCCAGC